CAGCUCUACAACAUCAAGCUGACGCACUACGCUCAUCGACAAACAUGGCACAGGCCGAGGAGCACGAGGCUGGUGCCCUCGAGGACGUCGAGCUUGAGCAGCGCGACCUCGUGCGCUUCGAGCGUGCAGACGAGUUUCGCGAGCUGCUGGCGCUCUUCCUUGCGCAGCCGACGGAGCCGCGCCUGGCACAGCUGAGCGUCAUGCUCGAAGAAUACCAAGAGCAGCCGUACCUGCUUGACCCGUACCUCGAUGCCAUCGUCGCGCCCACCGUCUCGCGCCUGCAGCAGUCUGUGCGUGCGGCAGCCGGCCUGCCGGGCUCGUCCUCGAGCGCAGGCGUGAGCGAGAGCCUGCAGCGCAUCGCUCGGCUGCUGUACGUCUUCACCAAGGUCCGCGGCUACAAGACGAUUAUCCACUUCUUCCCGCACUCGGUGGAAGAUCUGCACCCAGCGCUGCUUGCACUCGAUAGCACUGCCGGUGAUUCGACAGCCACCGACGCUUUGACGGUCUCCUCGACCUGGGAGCUGCGCUACGUUCUGCUCCUCUGGCUGUCGCUCGUGUGCAUGAUCCCGUUCGACCUGAGCAAGUUCGACCGCCAGGAGAUGCCCGUUGCCGACCAAAUCGAGGCUGUCGGCAGGCGUUUCCUGGGCGCGUCGGGAAAGGAGCGGGAUGCGGCGGCAGUCAUGCUCGGCAAGCUCUUCCAGAGACGCGACGCUGUGCAGCAGCGCCUCGAGCGCUUCCUUCAGUGGACGCACGAGCAGCUCAUGCCACCGGCGCAGCCCUCGAUCUUCCUCACCACCGGCGUGUUCCAGGCGCUGUGCGAGAUCGUCAAGGUCUCUGAUGCGGUGGCCAUUGCGCCGCAUCUGCCCGCCAUCAACGCCAUUCUGGACAUCUACAGUCCGCCGCUCGGCGCUGAUGAGGCUACGCUAGACGCGGAUGCCACGCGGGCAGCCGUGCUAAAGAACAGUCUUGUGUCGAAGUACCGCACCAAGCUCACGGGCCGCCUCGGCCUGAAGAUGCUGCGGCCGCGCAAACGGACUCGCUUCGUUCGCGCCAAGGUGCUCGGCGAUCCCAUGCGUCAUGCUGCCACUGGCGCCUCGCAUGCAAGCGGCGAAGGCGGCGAAGAUGAGGACGAUGAGGAGGACGUGCCGGAGGAGGUCGAUGGCGUGAUCGCCCGUCUGAUGAUGUCGCUGCAAGACAAGGACACCGUUGUGCGCUACUCUGCGGCCAAAGCUCUGUCCCGCCUCUGCGAGCGUCUGCCUGGAUCUUUCAUCGACCAGGUGGCUGAUGCCAUUGCGUCGCUGUUCGCCAUCAACGUGGCAGACAUCAUGGGUGACCGGAGCGACCUCAGCUCGGUCAGCGAGCACACGUGGCAAGGCGCGUGUCUUGCGCUUGCAGAGCUCGGCCGGCGCGGUCUGCUCAAGGGCGAGGAGUUGGGCGAGAAGCUCGAGUGGGUGCAGAAGGCUCUUCUCUUCGACAUACGUCGAGGCGCACACUCGGUCGGUGCUGGCGUGCGGGACGCUGCCUGCUAUGUGCUCUGGGCCCUCGCGCGAGCGCAUGACGCAGACGCCAUGAGGCCGCAUGCUCUCGCCUUGGCUCAGCGACUCGUCAAUGUGUCCUGCCUCGACCGAGACGUCUCCAUUCGACGCGCUGCGAGUGCCGCAUACCAGGAGUGCGCUGGCCGCCUCAACCUCUUUCCGCACGGCAUCGAUGUCAUUCGCAAGACUGAUUUCUUCGCAGUCAGCAUGCGCCGCUCCUCGUUCCUUGAGUGCGCGCCGCAGGUUGCCGUGCAUGCGGAGUAUCGCCAGAGCCUGCUCGACCACCUGCUCAGCGUCACUGCCACGCACUGGGACUCUGCUAUGCAAGAGCUUGGCGCUAGGACGGUUGCGAGCAUCGCCGCUCUGCAGUUCGAAGAGCUCGCGCCGCAGAUUGCCAAAGUCAUGUCGGAGAAGUGCAAAGCUCGCGACACGCCGACUCUGCAUGGCGCGCUGCUUGUCCUGGAGGAGCUUGCUCGCCUCUACCGCGUCCCUCGCAGCACCUUGCGCAUGAUGGGCGGCGCGAUGGUGCUUCGUGCGGCCUGUGGCGUCAUCGAAGCCAGCGCGAGCUCGGAAGCGCUCUCCUCGAGCGGCGAGCCGGCUUGGGAGGCGAUCGUGCAGGCGGCCAUGAGCCGCUCCGAAGAGAACGUGCAAGUCGCGGCAGCCAAGGCGCUGCGCGGGGUCAGUGGACUACAAGACUGCACUGCACGCAUCGAAAGUGUCAUCUCCAAGUGGCGGUCUCUGCUCCCAGCCGAGCAGCAGAGCCAUGCUCGCGCGCUCGGCUUCUACCAGUACCUGCGGUGCGAGGGCGCCUUCGAGCCAGCGCAGCGCUUCCUGUUGGGCCUUGUUACCGAAAAGGCGCCGAGCUACUCGCAGAACAUCGAGACGCGCCGCAACGCCUACGAGGCGAUCGUUGCGGCGUGCAACACGCUCGGCAGCCGGAUAGCCCAAGCUCUUGCGAAGGAUAUCCUGCGAGCGCUCCUUGCGGGUCUGGAAGACUACACGACCGACCAGCGAGGCGACGUCGGCUCAUGGGUCCGGCUGGCGUGCGUGGCAGGCCUCCGUCAGCUGCUCGAGCUGUACCGCGCGCAUACGUCUCUCUUCGUGCCGCUGGCGGACUGCCUCACCGAGGACGACUACCACGCGGCGCUCGCGGGCUUGAUGAAGCAGAUGGUGGAGCGCAUCGACAGUGUGCGCAGCGAGGCUGGCGAGCAGCUGCUUGCUGUUUGCCGUGCUCCGCCUCAAGAGAGCUUCUACGCGCCAGUGGGAGUCGGACUGCUCGAGACGCUAUUUCCACGGGGCGAGGUGGCAAACUUCAAGCAACCCGACUGGCUCUUCCCUCGUGCAAUGCGACUGCUCGCACUGCCGCCCUAUCGCGCACAGCUGCUGCGAGGCAUCGUCACAAGCCUCGGCACAAAGACGGAGAUGGCCCAAAGCGCGGUCGCCACGAGCCUGUGCGACUACGUGCUGGCCUCGCCCGACAUCUCAGCGGAAGUCGCGACCUUCCCGGCCUAUGGAGCGCUGCAGAUCAUCGACGACCUGCGCGAGCUGGCGAUGCGCAACUACUCGGCCAACCGCAUCUAUGUGCCAGCCAUCCAGACGCUCACGGCGCUCCUGGAGGUAAACGUGGCAGAUGAGAAGCUGGAGGAUGACGAGGCGGCCACCGUGCUGCUACGGCGCAUUCUCUCCAUGGCCACGAAGAACCUCGACAAGUUCAAGAGCCCGAUGCGCGUCAACGCGUGCAUGCAGCUCACGGUGAACAUCUGCGCGGAGCCACGAGCGAGCUGCUCUAUACGACCUUGCAGGACGUCGUGGAGAUGCCUGAAGAGGCCGAGGAGCUGCUCCUCACGACUGCCUGGUCCAGCAACCAGGCCGACUGCUUCCGGCCCGAGGCGCGACGCUUCGUCGAGCUUGUACAGGCAGCCGAAGACGCAUAGAUACCCACUAAUAGAGCAGUGCAAUUGCCAGCAUGCCUUCUAGUCGCCCAGGCGAUGUCCCGUGCCCGAGAAGACGCCUCCGCCUGUCGAGUUCGCGCCUGGCGGCUUCCUCUCCUCCUCCUCUUGCGCCGGCUGCGGCGCCUUUCUCCGCUCCUCGGCCACGCUGCCGCCGCUGCCCGAGGCGCUCUCGUUGGCGUCGGGCGCGCGCGCCAUCGUCGCAAAGCUG